UAUUUAUUUUUAAUAAUGCGGGUUGGAUUGGAAACCGACCGCAACCCUGUGGAGCUCAGGGACUUGUACGUCUCUCUGUGUGCAAUGACCCAAGUACAACGCCGUGUUGUGAUGGGGCUAAUAAUGUGAAGUAUUGUGAGCGGCAGCGACAGUGUGGAGCUGGCUGACUGGCCGAUGACUAUAGUCAGCAACCGCAGAGGGGGUGGGAGCAAAGAGAGAGAGAGAGAUAGACAGAAAAGCAGCAGUAUCCUCCGGGCUGUUGGCGAGAGAGCCCCAAGACACACAUACACACUGACACCGAGACAAACACCAGUUCCUGCGCGACCUGCUUUUGCAGCUCGCUUCCUCCCCCACCUCCUCCUGGCCAUCUGAGCUGAAGGCACCGGGAGGAACAGACAAUUUCGCCCCUCUUCAAAACCCUCAGCAUCUCUCUGGGACAUGGCUUGGGAGAGGGAACCCGGCGCAGAGGAGGCUACACGCCAGCGAUCGUGGAGUGGGACCAAGAGUUCGAAGCCGUGUUACCUGGACAAGAAUAAUUAAUUUUGCCCCUCACUCUGGGAUUUCACAAGGAGGGGGCAAGGAGAGAGAGGCUGGGAUUUGCUCAACUUUCCCCUCCCCUUUCCAAUUCAAAUUCAAAGAAUCGAGGCAGAAAUUUUAAUUUACAAGAAAACAAGUUGAAGAUUUGCCAUUUAUUUCGGUUUGUGUUUUAAGGGUUGGUUCCAGGACUAUCAGACUACUCGAGGAAUUUUACUCUUCUUUUGCAGUAUAUAUGUGUCAUUCAAUGAAUGGUUUAAAGCUGGUCUCAGGAAGGACAUUAGUCAGCUGCAAGUUUGACCGAGUUCUCUUAAGUGCUGAGCUCAAUGUUGCGCUUAGUGACUUUGGGGGUCCUGUCUCUCGCUCUCUUCGUCCUCCUACGAAGUACUAUGGGUUGCAUUAACAGUCUGGUUUGCAAGCCCAGGGUCUGCCGCGAGUCCAUCUGUCUGCAGGAGAUCUCGGCCACCAUCGACGGCACCCCCACCAUCAUUGAUGAGACCUCAGACAUUGUGCUGCGCUACCGGACCCCUUACUUCCGAGCUACGGCCCGGGUGUGUGUGCCCCCCGUCCUCAAGGCGGAGACCUGGGUGGUCGGCUGGAUUCAAGCCUGUAACUAUAUGGAAUUUCACAACACAUACGGAGACGCGGGCAUGUCCAGUUGGGAACUGCCUGAGCUCAGAGAGGGAACCAUUUCGGCAAUAAGUGACUCUGAUGGGGUUAAUUACCCUUGGUAUGGUAACACCACUGAAACCCACACUAUAGUGGGGCCCACCAAAAGGGAAGUCCGUUUUACUGUCAGCAUGAAUGACAACUUCUAUCCCAGCGUCACAUGGGCUGUUCCUGUCAGCAAGUCCAACACUGCCGGACUCACCAGUAUUACGAGAGACCAAAGUUUCACCACCUGGCUGGUGGCCUCCAACCAAGGGACAAGUGAGAUCAUCAUCUUGCAAACCAUCAAGUGGAGGAUGAAGCUUCACAUCGCCGUGGAUCCCAAGGAAAAGUUGGGGAAACGGGCUGUGCUGAUGGAGCCCAUCGAGCAAGAGAAUCCUCUGAUCCUCAGCAAGAACGAGCCCAUUGUGCCCAACGCACUGAAGAAACCCAACGCAAAUGACGCUCAGGUGCUGAUGUGGCGACCAUAUAACGGGAAACCCGAGGUGGUCAUCCCUCCAAAGAUCUGGCAACCGCAGCAAUAGCUGGCGAUGUGUUGAUGCUCAUGAGACACAACACAGGACUAGAUUCCCAAACCAACACACGUGCACUAAUCAUGCAAGAAAUACAACAGCUCUACCUUGAAUCAAAAUCGUUGUUUGGGGAUCCGGGGGUGGGGACAUCACUGUGCUGAACCUGAUUUGUUAGCUGAGCUAAAGGCCAUAGCACUGUGGGAUCAUCUCAUCUUAAAGACUUCUGGCUUGCCUUCUGCUCCCUCUGUUGAAGCAUUGCACAAUUCAAAGAAACUUUACUGAAUGUUGGUCGAAACUGGAACGCACUUGCACAUGAACAACUUCUGCAAUUCUUUUGUUUUUAAAAAAACUAUCUCCUAGCCAUGCUGCCUUAAGUUAGCGAAAGCAUCUCAUUGCAAAUGUUUGCCUUAAAAAAAAGGAACAAAGUAUUUCAUCAUGACUAUAAACUGAAUGCUGUCACAUUACAAGCUAUAAUAUAUGACUGUAAACCAACCUGCUCCAUCUCCCAAUUGUUUUUUUAUAUAUGAACCCAGAUAGUUUUCAUUAUUAUAAGUGGGGAGGUCCCUAAAAUGUGUUCUAUGGGGAACUGACUUAAUUAGGCCCAAUCUACUCAUCAUUACUUAAGACUUUGAAUGAAUGAUGACCAUGACUGGUGGUUUCAAAUAAAUGGUCAACUCAGUCUAAGCAAAGCCGACCUCAGUUGUCCAAAAUUCAGGUCCCUUGAGGGCCACUUGUUUAGCUAGAUGAUGCAUUAGUGAGUUAUUUUUCAAUACUAUGAUUUAAUUUCCAUUUUGUUGGCUGCUGCAGCUUCAAUGGUCCAUGUUACAGCUGAUGCCUGUCAGGUAAUGAGCUCAGCAAUAUGGAUUUACAAGGUGAAGAAUCUCCUCAAAGACUAGUGUUUCUGGGAAAGACUUGUCCAUACUAUACGGGAUGGUCAUAAUGUCAAUUCUCCUACAUGUUUAUCACAGGGUAUAAUGUGCGUAUAUGUGUAUCCAUGUAAUUUUAUGCUCCCCUCUCAGCCUCCCAAUCAUUACCAUAGAAUUCACAGCACAGGAGCAGGCCAUUCAGCCCAUCUGGACCAUGCUGUUGUUUUACUCCUCACAAACCGCCUUCAUUUUACAUCAUCAGCAUAUUCUUCUACUCCCUCGCUACCACUAUACCACCAUCUCCUUUGGGGAUAUGUUGGUGUAGUGGUAAUGUCACUGAACUAGUAAUCCAGAGUCUCAGCAUGGGUUCAAAUCCCACCACGGCAGCUGUUGGCAUUUAAAUUCAAUUAAUAAAAUU